CCAAUAAUCCAGAUUUCUAAAUAAUGACCCUCUUUGUGUAACUUUUCAUCCUCCCAUCUCCCUAGCAUAGCUAGCUAGCGCUUGUCUUCACGAUGAGCGCUCUGAUGAUCCUCUUAGUCUUGUGCGCCUGUACUGUCUCCACAUACGCCUCCAACUACAAGGAAUCAGAGAAGGUGCCGAUAUACGUGAACAAGGUGGGGCCGUACUUCAACCCCCAGGAGACCUAUCAUUAUUACACCCUCCCCGUCUGUGUACCAGACAAGAUUGAGCAUCGUAGUCUAACACUGGGGGAGGUGCUGGACGGGGACAGAAUGGCCGUCUCUCUUUAUGAGAUCAAGUUCAGGGAAUCAUUUGAUCGGAAGGUCCUCUGUACCAAGUCCAUGACCAAUGAGAAUAUGGAGGCUAUAAAGGAAGCAGUGGAGGACCUAUACUACUUUGAGUUUGUGUAUGAUGACCUCCCUAUACGAGGGUUCAUAGGUCACCUGGAGGAGGGGUCGUUUCUGCCUCACAGACACAAGACGUUCCUCUGGUCACAUCUUCACUUUCAUUUCGAGUAUAACGGUGACCAGGUGAUAUCAGCCAACGUGAGCACUAAGGGUAUGAGCCCACUCUCUCUGGAUGACCUGGAACCUCCUUAUAAGGUCACCUAUACCUACAGUGCCAAGUGGACCCCCACCAAGGUCCGCUAUGCUGACAGGAACAUCAAGAAGCAGGUGUUCUUCCCCAAGAGUCUAGAGAUCCACUGGCUGUCCAUCAUCAACUCUGUAGUGCUGGUUUGUCUGCUGCUUGGCUUUGUCAUGCUCAUUCUUUUACGUGUGUUGCGUAAUGACUUUGCCCGCUACAACCUGACGGAUGAUGAGAGCGAGGACAUUGACCAGGAUGACUUUGGAUGGAAGAUCAUCUCCACAGAUGUAUUUCGUUACCCUCCUCAUAAGAGCAUCCUCUCAGCCGUCCUUGGUAAUGGCUCUCAGUUUCUGGCCCUGUCUGUGUUCAUCAUCAUCCUAGCUAUACUAGGCAUGUUCAACGUCCACAGGCACCACGCUAUGAACUCGGCUGCUAUCCUCCUCUAUGCCUUCACUUGUUGUAUCUCUGGGUUUGUGUCCUGCAACUUCUUUGUUAAGCUGGGUGGUCGUAACUGGGUGUGGAACAUCAUUCUCACCAGCUGUCUCUUCUCCCUGCCAUUCUUUGUUGUGUGGAGCUUUGUGAACACAGUGGCCUUCAUCUAUAGCUCCACCCAGGCCCUCCCCUUCACUACUAUCCUGCUCAUCCUCACCAUCUGGCUACUAGUGGGUUUUCCCCUGACUGUCCUGGGUGGUAUACUCGGUAAGAACAUGGCGAGUGGUUUUGAUGCACCGUGCAGGACCAAGAACAUAGCCCGGGAGAUCCCAGCUGCCCCCUGGUAUCGCAGCCUCCCUAUCCACAUGGCCAUUGGAGGGUUCCUACCCUUCAGUGCCAUCAGUGUUGAACUAUACUAUAUAUUUGCCAAUGUGUGGGGGCGUGAGCCGUACACUCUGUACGGGAUUCUAUUGGUUGUCUUCUUUAUCCUCAUCAGUGUGACUGCCUGUAUCUCCAUUGCCCUCACUUACUUCCAGCUCUCCACAGAGGACUACCGCUGGUGGUGGAGGUCUGUCUUCUCCUCAGGGUCAACCAGUCUGUUUGUGUUUGGAUACGCCCUCUUCUACUACUACAAGCGCUCACACAUGUAUGGUGUGCUGCAGACUGUCGAGUUCUUUGGCUACACAAUGUUGGGGUGUUACGUGUUCUUCCUCAUGCUGGGCUCUGUGUCGUUUUUUGCUUCCCUCACUUUUGUCCGCUACAUUUAUCGCAAUCUGAAGAUGGACUGACAUUGAAUAGAGAGACUGAUUUAGAGUUAGUCACUCUCGACAUGAUGCAUACGUUGACAAUAUUGUUCAGUUUAAAUCGUAUUUUGCUUUAAUAUAGUUAUAAUUAAUCAUUGACAUAAUUUAUUAUUAUUAGUUACAUGG